AUGGCUACCAUCACCUUGUCGAGACCUCUCCCUCCCCAUAGCGCCACUCCCGACAUCGCCUCGUCCAUCACCUCGCCACGCACCCUCGAGGAUGUCGGCUCGUCGUCCGCCACUCACUCGCCUCAAUGUCCGGCUCCCAUACCCAACAAACACGUUCCUGUCUGCCCCACGGGACCCCCCAAAGCUGGCGACCUCGAUACGCCGCCCGCCUCCCCACAGAGCUCCGACGAGGUCCAGCAAAGCUCCUUGCUCUACCCUCCGGACGGCCACACAUUCUUCAUGGGCCGUCGCCGCUCUCCGAGGAGGACCCCGUCGUGCCUCAGGGGCGUCACUCUCGUCAAGGCCAACGGCGACCUCAGCACGGGGCGUUUGAAAGGCGCGGUUGCGCCAGACGAGUUUCUGCGCCGAGCCCCCCCUGCUGGAUUCAUUGAGGCAGACCCGACGGAUGGAUUUUCCGUUCGGAAUUUCCAGAUCCAGCCGGCCAAGAUGGCCUUCACAUCGGACAUUGUCGUCUAUGGCGACGACCCAACCGAGGUGCACAAGGCAGCGUGGGACAUCUCGGCGGCCCAGGUCCAGUGGCGAGAGCUUCACGCGGCUCGGGGACAGGUUCUCCCGGAGUAUAACACAUUUGUUUGCACGAGCACUGUCAGGGACUUCGAAGAGAACUACCCUGACCUCAUAUCCAUUGACACCAAAGGCAGUCUCACCGGCAGGGUCCUGGACUUUGUUCACCAAGAACGGAGGGAGAUGUGGGACAUGACCAAGGCUUCCGAGAUAUCUCCCAACGUCUUUAUGGGCCCAACACCCGAGUCCCAGAGUCCAGAAGAACAGCAGUUCGAUGUCUUGAUCGAGUGUUGUGACUUUGGUCGGCUGAACCCAGCUGUCUUGCAGUUGAUUGCCGAGAGCAUGGACGAGGCACUCCCCCAGUCGUUCCUGGAUUUCCCCUCGUCCGGGAGCAUAUUACCCCCAACCUGGUCGCACGACGAGGCCGACGGCAUUCUUGAAACUUGUCGUUGGAUUUACCACUUAUCUCAUGGGACUUGUCCGAAACCGCGUGACGCCUCCACUGGGCGACACGAUACAGACUCGGGAGAGCUCUCUGACCGGGAGGCAAUACCGGUGCAGAAGUCCACCAUGCUGGGGAUAGCCUACUUUAGCUACAGCACGGGCCGUCCGGUACCAGAUGCAUGGCUUCACCUCCACACAUCCAAGCGCAGAAACUUUUUUGCGUACCCGACUGAUGUGGCUCUAUUGACUGCUAUAGCGCCCCGUCUCCUGCGCGAGUCUCCGCUGUGCGCCGGCCAAACCUUACUGGACAUAACGAAUAUGAUUAAGAGUGAACCGAGGUGGCUUCCGGGCCUGGACGGGUCUCUUCCCAGUAGAAUCUUGGAUUACUUAUAUCUUGGGAACCUAGGCCACGCCAAUAACCCCGAUCUCUUGACGCAGCUUGGUAUCAAGCAGCUUCUUAGCGUCGGAGAGGAAGCCGCUUGGAGGGACGGCGCCAUGGACGCCUGGGGCCGAGAUAAUGUGUGCGUGGUGCAAGGGGUACAGGACAAUGGGAUUGACCCGUUGACGGACGAGUUUGCUCGGUGUCUCGAGUUUAUUGACCGGGGCAGACGCAAGGGGACAGCAACGCUGGUCCACUGCCGAGUGGGAGUCUCUCGGAGCGCCACGAUCUGCAUCGUCGAAGUCAUGCGGGCCCUGAGCAUGACCUUUCCGCGCGCGUAUUGCUUUGUCAGGGCUCGACGCCUCAACGUCAUCAUCCAGCCGCACUUGCGGUUUGCUUACGAGCUUCUGCGGUGGGAAGAAUGGCUCCAACAAAACGGGGACCCAAACAAAUCGAUGAAGAGAGAGCUGGAAUGGGGAGAGAUUGCUCGUGAAAUCGCGCUCAUGAACCGUCCAUAUUCCAGAUGA